UCGUCAUAUUCUUGUCUACCUGCCAUUGGCAAUUCAUUUCUUUCUUUGCUUCAGAUAAUUUUAAAAUCAGAUCCUCGUACUCUGCUUUCAAGUUUAUUACUCUGUUACAUCAGUUCCUAUUGUACUCUUGCUUGUUCAUAGCAUCUCAAAACAAUAAACUGGGGAUAAGUGGAGGAAUGCCACUGUUCAGAGUGAUUUUCAUUUGGAAUCGGUUAAAGUUUCUGAUCUUGUACAACUUCUAUUUGAGAGUGAAUGUCAUAAAUAGCAAGGAAUUUGUCUCACAUUUCUGAUGAUGGUUAGAUAUUUCUGUAGUCUGUGAUUUUUGUGCAUCUAAUGGCUGUGAGAAACAAUGUGAAAAGAUUUCUAAUAAACGUGUUUACAAAAUGGUUUCCAGCUAUUGCUUUUGUUUCUUCAUUUUUUAAAGAACCCUUUAGGUUCCACUGAUGCAUCUACAAGUUUAGAUUUCUUAGGUCAUUAUACUUUCAAAAAUUUGAUCUCUCUGUACUAAUCUCUGAAUAGAAUCCAUGGAAAAUAGUACAUUGUUGACUCAGCUUUAGGGCAUAAGUUACUUUGGGGAGUCCAGAAAAGAAACAACAUGCGAAAUCAAUCCUGCUACUAAAGAGUAUAUUAUCUGGUGUUAUGAAAAGCGUAUGUCCUAUAUUUGAAGGCAUAUUACCUGGUCUAAAGAAAAUAUAGCGACAGUCCAGGGCACAUUGGAAGGUUAAAUAAGACAUUUAAACUGUCUCUGGAUUUCAUCUCAUAGGAAAUGCAUUUUCACUAAACUUUGGUUUCUCAUUAGUUUCAGAAACAAAUUUCUAAGAUAAAUCCCCUGUACAUUUGAUUAUGGUUCAUCUUAAUUAUCCUACUCAUCUGAGGGCAGUUGAUCAUUGCACGGAAAUCAAUCCUUAUAAGUUUUUUUCUGCAUAGAAUUUGGCAUGAACAAAGAUAAACUUUAUCCCAAAGCAUUAAUGUGAGCCCAAGUGGUACUUGAGAUUGCAUAGUCUACCUUUAUAUUAUCAUUUUGUCGAGAUGGCUCCUCUUGUGAGUAAUUCGUUGUUGUUUUAUAUUGAUUAAGAGGACAUGUUAUUUGCAUAAGAAGUGUAAAUGAAUGUGAAAAAUUUUAUUUUCUUGGUAAACCAAAAUGGUCUCUUAAUAAAUGCUUCAAGGUUCUGUCUGUUCCUUGAUUUGAAACUUUGUCCAGAAUAUGUGAUUUAUUGUUUCUUAUCAUCAAUGUUGAUAUCUCCUCUUUUCCACUUGUUUUAGGGCUACUGACUAUUUGCAAAUGAGCAAAGAUCCUUUUAUUGAACAAUCAAGAGUUGUAGCCAUGAUUGAAUAGAAUGAAAUAUGUCUUAAAAAAGCCGCAACGAGUUAGCUCCAUAGCUGUAUUUUCUUUUCCCUGUUGCCCCCUUCGGAAGAAAAUAGAAGAGGAAACAGAAAACCUAGCACAGUACGACUAUGACUGACUUUGGUUCUGAAAGAUCAAAGCCAUGGAACACAUACACAAGUUCAGACCCAAACCCAUCUCAAACAGGAGUGAAUCAGGAAGCUCCAUGGAAAAGCUUCGGAACAUCCAUGAAUGCCAUUUCUUUUGGUUUUGUUGCAACGGCUAUCUUGAUAUCAAUGUUUCUUAUAAUGGCCAUUUUUGAACAUCUGUUCAGGCCAGGUCCUUCUUUCUCUUCACCUGAAAGUAUGGCCAAUGGUUCUCCUGAAUCCAGACCCAUAGAGAAACUUCAAAAAGAAAGAGUGUCCCCAUUGUAUGCAUCUGAUUUCUCAGUGUUGAUGCCAGGACAGCACUGUCCCACCUACAUUGCACAACCUGCUCCUCUGCCCUGCCCAAGAGAAGGGACAUAUUGGCCUCCUCAUGAACAUAAUUUUGUACUUCCAUAGUAUAUUAUACCUGCAAUGAAUGAACUAUGAAGCACCACAAAGGUUCAACUUAUAUUUACAGAACAACCAACUCUCCUCAAUUUCUGAAUCAUCUAAGCUUAGAUAUUGUAUCUUGAAUCGUGUUUGUUGGGAGAACUUGCUAUCCUGUAGGAUUUGGUAAACCUUCUGAGGGAUGUUGGUGAAAUCAGAUCUUUCUCCUCAUAAUCUACCAAAAACUUUACCCUGCA